AUGAAUAAGGAGCAAGUCAUGAACUACAUUGCCUUUAUUCUUGUUGAAAAGGUACAGUUCCCGGAAAAGUAUAAUAAACCUUUAUUCAUUCGUGUUCAGAGGAAAAAGACGGCUGGAGGACAAACAAAACUCGCAUUUUCAUCCGAAACUUCUUAUAAAAACUUAGAUAAUAACUUAAUUGCACAUUUUGAUAACGAAUUCUCAUUACCUUUUACAACAGUUAAGAAAGGCGAUAAAUAUGUAAAAAAAGUUGUUGAAAUUCAACUUGUUUCUGUAAGUAACAAAAAGAAAGAGGAAGUAGAAAUAUGCAAAUGGCGUUUUGAUGCAUCAAACAUGCCAGAUCCGAGGGAUCCAAGCGUUCAUUUUUCUGUCGCUUCAUCAGAUUUCGGAAAUGUAAAUUUAUAUGUAAGAUUUUGCGUUAUUCCUGCAGAAGAAUUCUCAAUAGGUAUUCCAACAAACUAUUUCUCGUUUAUUACAAAAAGAACUCAAGCACCUGAUUUCGGGAACACAAUUGACGCAUUUGGUAUAUCAGAUAAUGAUAUUGAUGCUACAGAUUCAAACCUUUCGUCAUUAGAAAGGAAAACCAAAAAAGAACCUCAAACUUUUUCAUUAACAAAAGAACAACCACAAGAACCACAAAAGAAACACCAUAAAUCUAAAGGAAAACACGAAUCUGAUACUACGAAGAAACAAAAGAAACACAAAUCUCGUGGUUUAGAUAAUCCAAGUUCAAGUCAAACAGACAAAGAUAUAUCUAUUCAUCAACAUCCUGAACAAACAGAAAAAGAAAUUGAUUCUACUAAAACAGAAGAAAAAGAAUCUCAAAAACAAGAUAAUUUCGAAAAAGAACAAAAACAAGAUCAUAAAACAGAAACAGAACCUUCAAAAGAACAAAUAAAUGAAGUUACUGAAAUAUCUGAUGUAAAACAACAAGAAAAUGUUGAAAUUUCAAAUUCAAAUCAAAAUCACAUUGAAACUGAACAAAAGUCCGAAAUCACUACAGAACCAGAACCAAUUAAAGAAGAUAAUAUUAUUACUUCUCAAGAAAACAUAGAGAUUUCAAACGAAACUAAAAGCAUAGAAGAAGAACAAAAGAAAGAAACUGCUACAGAACACGUGAAAGAAGAAACUGUUGAAUCUGUUCAAGAAACUGAUGAAAAACAACAAGAAAAUUCAAGUUCCUCUCAAAAAGAUAAUGAAAAUGAACAAAAAUUAGAAAAUUCUCAAGAACCAAGAACUCAAAAAGAAGAAAUUGCUGAAACCAUUCAAGAAGAUACUGAAAAACAACAAGAAAACAAUGAAACUUCUCCAGAACCAGUGAAAGAAGAAAUUAAUGAUGAAGAACAAAAAGAGAUUUCAAAUUCAACUCAAAAUGAAUUAGAACCAGAAAACAUUCCCGAACAAGAACAAGAAAAUCAAGAAGUCACCGAGUCUGUCAAAGAAUUAAAUCAACAAAAAACUGAAUCUCAAAAUCCAGAACAAGAACAAAAUACUGAAAAUGUUCAAGUAAAUGAAGAGAAACAACAAGAUACAGAUAAAGAAACAGAAGAAAACAAAGAACAAACAACAACAGUAACAAUUGAAACACCACAACAAAAUACAACAGAAAAUGGUGAACAAGAAAAGACAAUCAAGAAAGAGAAGUCAAAAGAAGAACUUAAUGAGAUCAUGCGGCAAGAAGUUGAAAUGUCAACAUUUUUGGCUAUGAAAGAAGAAGAAGAACGAUUGUCUAAACUUCAAGCGGCAGAAAUUGCAAGACAAGAAGAAGAAAACAGACUAUUCGAAGAGAAACGACGAGAAAAUGAACAAAAACUUCAAGAAAAGAUCAAAAAACUUAAAAAACAGAAACAAAUUGAAGAACAAAAACAAGUUGAAUCCGAGAAAAGUAACAUCAAAGAGGAAGUAAAAAUUGAUCAAAUAAAUGAUAAUAAAUCAAUUGAAGAAACACAUUAUAUUAUUGAACCAAAAGCAGAAAUAGUCAAACCUGAAGAAGAGAAAAUCGAAACUAUUUUUGCACAAGAAAAAGAACCAGAACAAAUUGAAGAAGAACAUAAGAAAGAAGAGGAAGAAGAUGAGUAUGAAUACGAGUAUGUUGAAGAGGAAAUCGUUGAAAAGGUCAAAGUUGAUAUCAAAGUCCAAGAAUUUGCAGGAACUAAAAUAGAUACUCAAAAACACUUAAACAAGCUCAAAGAAAUCGCUGUUUCUUCUAUUUCAGUCCGAUUAGCAUUGAAAUGUUACUCAUGUAUCUACUUCAAGACAUUAAUUCGACCCGAUUAUCCUAUUUUACUUUCACGACUUUUAGAAAAGUGUCGAAUCUUCGAACACCGAGAUUUAACAGAUGACGAUGUUAUUCGAAUCUUCACACCAUUCUUUAAAUCAGCAAAUCUUGCAACAUCUCUCUAUCAAAUUGACGAAAACAUUUAUUAUCUUUCAUCACUUAUCAACUUAGGAUACACUAUUAGUAGUCUUGCAGGUGAAUUAACAAAUGUCCACAUUUCAACACUUGUUAAUUUGGAAAAAGUCAUUUCUAAGGUCAUCAACAUCAUCACACAGACAUUGGCAGCCACAAUUGGCCAAAGCAUUGACAAUGAUGGUUUUAAUUUUGUUAGUGAAACAUCAUUAGCUAAAUUAACAAGUUUAAGUUCAAAAUUCUUGAAACGAGCACGAGAUGUUGAAAUCUCAGAUGUUUUAUUGCAAGAUAUCAUCGUUAAAUGCUGUUGUUACCUUGAUUCACUUGUUUUCAACGUUAUUAUGGAAAGUGGUGGUGAAAUUAACAACGACAAAGUCACCAUUCUUCUUGAAAAUGUUCGUAAGAUCCAGAGUUGCUUUGAUUGUUUCUCAGAGAACUUCUCAACUGCAUUUCCCAAUCUUUUGAAUUUUAUCUCUCUUUCACAAGUUUUGAUUGGUGGUUUCAAUGAACAGCGAUUGCGUGGCAAAGGUCCAAUUGCUCGAUACAUUGCAGAAAACAUCCGCCCAAAUCUCCAACUUCCAAAGAAACUUAAAUUUGAAGACAUCGGUCCACAAGUUGACAAAGAUUCACUGAAAGCAUCAAUCAAGAUCGAUCCUAUCGAAUUUAGUUUUGAAUGGCUUUUCGUCAACAGUAGUACUAUGAACUACGACGAUGACUAA